GCUUUCCCGACACCCAUGAACACACCGCAACUCUAGAGGUAAAAGGGAAUGCGAGAGAAUCCGAUAGCCCCAGGCAACUCUUGGAUGAUGGUCAUGAUUGUUAGCUGUAUCGUAUCAGGUAGCUAACUAACAAUAUCCCACACGAAACUGAGCCGCAAAUGAUAGGUACCAGCUUAACUAAGCGACUCCUCGGAGGUCGGACCAAAAACCGUCCGCCCCUUUGGCAAAGAGUCCGAAAUCCCUGGCAUCCACCCAACUGCCAGACCAGGUGUUACGGCACAAAGCCGCGCGAACGGCUUCUGGCUUUUCAGGCAUCAUGGAUGAGGCUCCCAUGGCUGACGAAUGGUUGCCCAGGUGGGACACAAUCCGCGCGGAGCGUACUCCGUGACGUUGAAGGUGCGGAUGGGGGACGUUGAAAAACAAUAAAAUAGACCACCAAAAUGCCGGGUCCCCGGGCAUCGCACUCUUGUUCAGUCCGGCUUGCCUCUUCUUGUGUCGUUUUGUUUGUCUUUUUUUGUAAUCGUAUUCGGAGUUUAGUACCUUAGUAUUAUGUCAAUGUCAACCUAUACACCGUCAUCAACAUCCCCUGAUGGACCCUCAGAGCCGCCGCCAACAGCUAGUGGUAGCGGGCAGGGAGCAACAGCAGCUCACGAGCCGUUGGCUUGUGUGAGUUGUCGGACGAGGAAGCUGAAAUGUGAUCGUAGGAAGCCGAAUUGCACAAGGUGUGCUCGGAGUGGUGGCGAGUGUCACUACCCGGAGUCUCGGAGGAAACCAGCGUUUAAGCGAAGGAAUGUUAGAGAGUUGGAAGAGAGACUAGCACAGGUGGAAGGUCUCUUGAAAAAUGUCAGCAGGCGGCGAACCAGCCAAGAAGCCGGGCCUAGCACAACGUCUGGUUCUCUAGAACCGUCACGGCAGCCAUCUCAAGAAUCAUCCCCUCUAGCUGGCCUAGAGGCCGAUGCUUCUCAGAUCAAUCUUGACGACUUAUUUGCAGAUCCAACUUUCCAGGAUCCAUCAUGGUUUUCACCACCACCACCUCCUCCCCCAGAUGGAUUUUCGUCCACAGCCAACAACCCUCCGCCAUGGGACCUGUUUGGUUUGGGUCAGUUUGAGAGCUUGCCCCCGUGGGAAAUGAUUGAGGAAUUGUAAGUGCGGGGGUGGUAGGCGAAUGUUGGAGGAAACAUGUACUGAUAGAGAUAGGCAUGAUUUAUUCUUCUCAAUCCACUACUCAUUUCUGCCCAUUAUUCACAAGGAGGGGUAUCUGGCUGCUUUUCACCGGCCGCCUCAUAUGCGACCUCCCAUGUGUCUUCAGUAUUCCAUCUGGACUAUGGCAGCGGAUGGCCAUCCCAAGUAUGGGUGUUAUCACGAGGCUUUGUACCGUCGAGCUCGGCAGUACUUGGAGGCGGAUGAACUCAAGGGGCAUGGAGAACAUUUCAUCACGGUAUCCCACGCUCAAGCCUGGGCCCUGAUCGCCGCCGAUGAGGCCAGGAGAAUGCUUUUCACCCGGGCAGCAUUGAGCUCCGCUCGAUGCGUUCGAAUCGUCGGCAUGAUGGGCCUCCACCGGCUCGACAGCACAGCCGCCGAUGAAGAACACCCCAUCGCUCCCAUGAUCCCCCCUCCCAAAGGCUGGGUCGAACUGGAAGAACGCCGACGUCUAUUCUGGGGCGCCUUCUGCAUCGACAGCUACGCCGGCAUCAGCACCGGCUGGCCAACCCUCAUCGACACCAACCAAGUCACCACCCACCUCCCCGCCUCCGAGGACGCCUUCGCCAAAGGCCAAGAGGAAAAGUCCACCUCCCUCCAGUCCCUCUUCAACGGCUUCAACUACUCCACCUACGGCGGCAACGUCGUCAUCUGCCACAUCUUCAACCAAAUCAUGAAGCACGCCCACUGCCCCAUGCCCUCCGACCGCCCCGACGAUUUAGAGUCCGGCCCCUUCUGGCAACGCCACCGCGAACUCGACACCUUGCUAUCCAGCGCCUUCAUGUUCCUCCCCGACCGCCUCCGCCUCCCAAAGAACAUCACCGACCCGGUCGCAAUCCAAACAAACAUGAACCUUCACGCCGCCGUCAUCUGCCUCCACAACACCGCCUACGAAAAAGCAGACAAGCUCACUUCCUUACCUGCGUCCGUCAAACAAGACAGCCGCACCCGCUCCCUCAUGGCAGCAGGCGAAAUAGUAAACAUCCUCAAGCUAAGCCACAACAUGAAGACGGGGUAUAAAUCCCCGCUGAUGGCCCUCUCGUUGUACUGCGCGGCGUCGGUGUACCUCUCCGUCGCCGCCACCAAAGACACCACUACCCCCACCAACCCCCCGUCACCAUCCUUCCUCUCCUCGGUCAACACCAACCUUGAGACUCUCCUCAAAUCGAUGGAGGCGAUUUCAAAGCUGCAUUACAUCACGAGGGCGUAUCUAAAUCAGAUACUCCUUGACAUCGACCGCUCGGGGGUAUCUCUGUCAUUUCCACUUUCGGAGUAUUUGAGCAAGGAAUCUCACCCGUGUGAGCACGGGAUUCCAAUCGUCGCUCGCACUUCGGGACACAGACAAACGAGGCUGCCAGUUCCAUUUUCUACACCGGGGGGGCAGCAGCAGAGGGUGAUGGUUCCGGGGGUGUUUGCUGAUAGAAACUUUGGUGGUGGGAACAUCCACCCCGGCGCGGGGAUAUCCUCUGGUUUGUCCUCCAUGGUGAGCGGGAUGGUGGCUGGGUGUGGACUGCAGGUUUUGACGGAGGAUGGGGUGAGAAAACAACCGGAACAACAGCAGGGGCAGUUUGUGGAUGCUUUUCACCCUUGUGAUAACCCGCCCUAUGCUAGAGGGCAGGCGAACGCCGCUAGGGCCGCCACGGGGGAGAGGGUGAUGAUGUUUGGGUUUCGGGGUGGGAGGGAGGAAAUGGUAGGGCUGCAGGAGUUGCCUUUUAGGUUGGGGAUGCAGACUGGGCUUGUGGGGGCCGGGGCUGGGUUGGGGUUUGAGAUGGGGAUGGCUGGAGGAGGGACGGGGAAGGAGAAGGAUGGGGAUGUACUACUGCAUUUUCCGCCGGGGAAUGUGGGGGGUGUUUUGGGGGAGGGAAAUCACGGCCAAGGUGGUGGUGGUAAAAGGAAAGAAGAUGGGAAUGCGAUGGAUAUUUUUGAUGAGUUUCAAGAUUUGGGAGAGGGGACGGGUGGCGGGGGAGAUGGUGAUUGGGGCAUGUUGGAUCCUACCGACACUUUUUACUCACUGUUGUAUAAUGAUGGGGCCAACACUGACAAUAAUGGGGGAGGAGAUAAUAAUUGUGGGAAUAUGUGGUCGGUGAAUGAUUUUACUGGGAUGUGGGGUGGUCCUCGAUAG